GAACAACCUCAUUACCAAGAAGAAUUUCUCCCACAACCAGAAGGGCCAUCAGCGCUGGAGUUACCCAUGGCGGCCUUCACGGGCCAUUCUGCAGAGCCAUGCUACACUCCACAGCCAUAUCCAAACUAUGAAUUGAGGCUUCUCAUGGAAUAGUUUGCUCGAGACAGUGAGAGAACAUGCUCCAGGAUGGAUCAUUGUGUCCAGGCCUAUCGUGAAACAGAGGAGAUCCUCGUGAGCCAUAAGAAGAGCGUCGAUGAUCUUGAGCGAUCUUGUGCACAACCUGCUCACGAUCACCCUUCUGCUACCAUACUAGAAGAGGAGGAGGAAGAAGAAGGCUACAAGGACAUUGUGGAGCACACUAAAGUUGUCAUGGAGAGCUCCCGUGAUGAUCAUGAUUAGGAAUGUCCUGUCAUAGCCGACCACACCUUCCCACAUCCCAGAUUGAGCUUUGAAGAGGCGGGCAUGAGUGAGGAGAUGCAAGAAGAUCUCAUGAAAGAAAUUGCUUGGCAGCUUGCUCUCCAAUCCGUGCUAGAAGAAGAAGAGCAAGAAAGGGUGCAGAAAGAAGUUGUGGAGGAUGACGAAAGUGAAGCAGAAGGAGUUCUUGAUCAUUUCCCAAGGGUGAUACCACAUGAAGAAGAAAGGGAGGUUGAAGAAGCAAUUGGCGUCCAGGCUGAGGACGGAGGUAGUAGGUGGAAAUUGGGAACAUAUUCCCGUCUCCCCUAACACACUUUCGCCCUAUUCGCACGGGAGACGUUAUUUUAAAGCACAUUUUUAGCACCUUUUAUAUGCAUGACAUCUAAUUUUCAAGGGUUGGCUCACGGCAGUGAGGCGGGCUGUGAGGACGACGGGAUAACCCUCCAAAGUCAUUCUCAUGCUUAUUAUGCGUACACAGAAAGAAUUUAUGUAUGCAUUUACGCAUAAAAUUUGAAAAUUUCA